UUCACGUUUUGGGCCGGUCGAUUGGCCACGAAGACCAUGGGAUGUCACACCGUCAGACUUUUUCCUGUGGGGAUAUGUAAAGUAUAAAGUCUAUGCGGACUAUUCCGUUUCGACUCAGGUCUUGGAGGAAGACAUCACGCAUAUCAUUCGCCAGUUACCAGUGGAAAUGCUCGAACGAAUCAUCGAAAUUUUAACUCAAAGAGUGGACCAUUCGAGACGUUACCGCGGCCAAUAUUUGAAAGAGAUAGUCUUCAAAAAAUAAAUGCCAAAGAAUGCUCCUUCAAAUGAUAAUAAACAUUCCCCAUUAAACUUGAAGUUUCUGCGCUUUUUCUUUAAAAAAGUAAGGAAGCUGGAAAUGGAUCACCCUUUAUCAGCUUCUUCCUCAUAGUUAAUUUUCAUUAUAAACUAGAUUUUGUCGCUAUCUAAAAUGCCCAGACUUGUAAGACUUCUAAGCUGUCAUUGAACUUGAACAUCGGUUGCACAUAAAUAGUAACACCCUGACAUACCCAGAAAUAUUAUGAGAACCAGUUUUGACCUAAAUGAAAAAAAUAUCGCAUGCUACUUUUCGUUUACAACUUUGUCCAAGAACUUAAGUAUCAAAAACACGCAUGUGAUAUUUGAUUUCAUUAAUUUUUCUCGCAUCAAAACUCUCACCGAAAUGAGAACAACCAUCCGAAUGUGGGCACUUUGCGUGCAGCUGCACUUAAAAUCACUUCAAGUAACUCCACACUUUGCUUCUUCUAUUUUUCAAUUUUCAGGGUGUCCAAAGUGUAACUGUGUGUGCCUCUGUGUGUAGGACUUUUUCUGCCGGCACGUUUAUGUCACAAAAAUGUUAUAUUUAAAAUUUUGUAAUUUUUUGGCUUCUUCGGCGCGCGCUUAAUUCGCUACAAUGGUAUUUAAGGCUGGUUGCACUUUCAUAACUGUUUUCACUGUGAUCAUUACAAGAACCGGCGAUGGACGUCUCAGUGCUUUUCGGCCUGCUUAUUGGCAUCGCCUUGCUAAUUGCGUUUUGUUUACUACGUCAGCAGAGUUACUGGCGUCGGCGGGGCAUACCGCACAGCAAGCCCAUGCUUUUGAUGUCCAUGGGAACGAAGCAUGUAGUGCAGAUUUUACGCGAGUCAUAUCAGCAGUUCAAAGGCACGGGGCCCUUUUGUGGAUUCUUUUUGCUAGCCACCAAUACAGCGCUUAUAGUGGACUUGGAGUUGGUUAAGAAGAUUCUAGUCAAAGAUUUCAAUUACUUCUCGGAUCGUGGUCUGUACACUAAUGCGCACAAUGAUCCACUUUCGGGUAAUAUGUUCUUCGCCGAAGUGGAGGGUUGGAAGCGUUUACGUGCAAAACUGACGCCGACCUUCACCUCCGGCAAAAUGAAGAACAUGUUUCAUAUGGUUACGGCGGUUGGCGAGCGUUUUGCGGCAACAGUUCACACCCGAAUCGGUGGUGGCGAUGCUGAGGGUCACGGCAAAGUGCUGCUUGUAUCAGACCUUAGUGGACGCUAUACCACCGAUACGAUCGGCACUUGCGCCUUCGGGCUCGAGUGCAAUAGCCUAGAUGCGGAGACACCAGAUUUCGUAUUGGUCACGAAUAGCUUCAUCAAUCGCCGGCGUCAUAACAAACUUGUCGAGGGCUUAAUCUUCAGUUUCCCGCGUAUUGCACGCUUUCUGGGUAUGCGCAUUGUGUCACAGCAUGUGCACGAUUUUUACAUAAAGCUCGUGGAAGACACGCUCGAUUACCGGAAAGACACAAAAUUGCGACGUAAUGAUUUUCUUGACCUACUCAUCGAUAUGAUGGAACGUGAGGACGCUGAUGGCAAACGUAUCGAGGGUCUGAGCGUGAACGAAAUAGCCGCACAGACUUUUUUGAUGUUUCUGGCGGGAUUUGAGACCUCAGCAACAACAAUGAGCUUUGCACUUUAUUUACUGGCGCAGCACCCCGACAUUCAGGAACGACUGAGGCGAGAUAUUAACGAGGUGCUCGCUGCCAACAAUGACCAGCUCACAUAUGAGUGUAUCAAGCAGAUGAGCUACCUGCAACAAGUAAUAUGUGAGACGCUUCGUAUGUAUCCGAUUGUGCCGAAUCUGAUGCGCAAGGCACAGUCAUAUUACGAUACUGGCGACCCAAAGUAUUACAUUGAGAAAGGCACCUUGGUCAUUAUACCCACUAUAGCCAUACAUUAUGACCCACAGUAUUACCCGGAUCCCGAGCGCUUCGAACCCGCGCGCUUCACACCCGAAGAAAUUCAACGCCGACCCGCUUGUACUUGGCUGCCUUUCGGCGAGGGUCCACGCAACUGUAUCGGCAUGCGCUUCGGCAGAAUGCAGACCAGCAUCGGCCUAAUUUAUUUGUUACGUAAUUUUCAGUUUAGUGUCGCCGCUGAAACCGAGAUACCAUGCCCAUUAAUAAAAGCAUCGUGUUUGGUUUCACCAGAGAAUGGCAUCCGGCUCAGAGUGGACAGAGUGGAGGGCGCCAAGCCUAUUAUACGUGAAUGGGAAAAUUUGUGAAACUUUGACUGAAAAAGUCAACAUUUUUAUAAUCGGACUUAUAAGGGAUAUAUAAGAUAUAGUAUAAUAUUUUACCUUCUAAAUGUAAUAAACUGUUUUGAACUAAUAUCAGUCUAACCUAUCCGGUUGCAUUCUAACAUUUUGUGAAUUGAGAAUGAACUCAAGAGUUUGGUAUUUUCUACCGCAUGACAAAUUUCAUUACAAUUCCAAAGACUUAUUCGGUCCCCAAUAAUCGAGUAACAUACUGUAUAGCAGCGCUGUCUUUUGUUCAGAAGUCACAGGUGCUAAUCUAAUCAAAUCUCUGUUAACAUGCCUAUGACUGUAGCUACAUGUGUAAAAAAUUUGAUAAAAAAUAUACUUCUCUCCACACGCUAGAAGUCACUGUGAAGUUCACAGUGUGAACACUCUCUCAUUUAUCAUAAACUUACUCUCACCGCAAGCAACGGCAAUGCUCUCACCACUGGAGUAAUGAUAUGAAAUCGCACUCAUGUCUCGCUCCGCC